AAACCGCCGACCGAUCUUCGCCAUCUGCUUACCCCGCCAACACCUUUGAUCUCGCGACCGCAACCCCGACCGACCUUUAUCUCCCGAGCCAUCGCCUGACCCUCUUCGAUCGUUGGGCGACGCUCGUGGCCUCGAUUCUUUCGCCCCUCCAGCAUACUCAUCACAUUGUCUGUUGGCCGCAGCAAUGGCUUCCAACGGUGCCAACGGAGCAUCUCCGUCACCUCAGGUCCAGCCCUGCAGGUACAAGGUCGGCAAGACGCUUGGUGCUGGUUCCUACUCCGUCGUCAAGGAGUGCGUUCACAUCGACACCGGUCGCUACUAUGCCGCAAAAGUCAUCAACAAGCGAUUGAUGGCCGGCCGAGAGCACAUGGUCCGCAAUGAAAUCGCAGUGCUGAAAAAGGUCUCCAUGGGCCACCAGAACAUCCUGACACUUGUCGACUACUUUGAGACGAUGAACAACCUCUACCUCGUGACCGACCUGGCUCUCGGCGGCGAGCUCUUCGACCGCAUCUGCCGCAAAGGCUCAUACUACGAAUCCGAUGCUGCAGAUCUUAUCCGGGCGACGCUCUCUGCCGUUGCUUACCUGCACGACCACGGCAUCGUCCACCGCGAUCUGAAGCCCGAGAACCUCCUGUUCCGUACACCAGAAGACAACGCAGAUCUUCUCAUUGCCGAUUUCGGACUGAGCCGCAUUAUGGAUGAGGAGCAGUUCCACGUGCUGACCACGACAUGCGGUACCCCUGGCUACAUGGCCCCUGAGAUCUUCAAGAAGAUUGGUCACGGCAAGCCUGUAGAUGUAUGGGCGCUCGGUGUCAUCACCUACUUCCUUCUGUGCGGUUACACGCCAUUUGACCGCGAUAGCGAUUUCGAGGAGAUGCAAGCCAUCUUGAACGCCGACUACAGCUUUACCCCCUUCGACUACUGGCGGGGUGUUUCCGACCACGCCAAGGAUUUCAUCCGUCGCUGCCUCACCAUUGACCCGAACAAGCGCAUGACGGCGCAUGAAGCCCUGCAACAUCCCUUCGUUGCCGGCUACCUCAACAAUGGCGAGGGCGAAGGCCAGAACUUACUGCCCACUGUCAAGAAGAACUUCAAUGCUCGUAGGACGCUGCAUGCUGCAAUUGACACUGUUCGUGCCAUCAACAAGCUUCGUGAGGGCCAGAGCAAUCUGAUGGAUGGGGCCAAGUCGAAAGAGCCUGGACGUGGCGCUGCCGCACACAAGACCCAGCAAAACGCAAGGAAGGACGAUAGCGCCAUCAGCCUCGGCAAUGGAGCCCACAAGGACUCAGGCUAUGGAACGCAACCCGAGGCCGACAGCCAGCAUGAUGUGGUCAUGUCCGAUGCAGGCCCGGCACCCAGCAGUGUCCCAGCAAGUUUGCGGCCAGGCAGUGAGCAGAACAAGGUCGUGGAGACGAGCAAAGGACUGUGGAGUGGUCCAGCAUUGCGGCGAUAGCCUCGUCGUAAUGCGGUACCAUGUGUGAAAAUUACGGCACCCCACAAGGAAGAGCGUGAUGCAGACAUGAGUCUCCUUACAGCGUCAAUGGAUUCCCUUGGUGGAUCUCACGCUCCUUCGGGACUCAACUGUCUGCGCAAAGAGACUCUUAAAGGUCUG